GUGCCACGCGUGGACAUCAUCGCCAUCCACGACAUCGACGAAACCCUCCUGAAGGCCUGGUUGUACCGCAAGAAAUCCAAGCGACGAGGAAACGAGCCCCGUACCGGUUAUGCGUCCGCUGGCCUCAACAGCUUCGAUGGCGAAGGGGGACUAGGCACCACGGGGAGUCCGGCUCCCGGCCGCUACAGCCCAGAUCUUGCCCUCAUGGAGGACCCAGAGGAUGCGUCCAUCCUCGGCAUGCUGGCGUCGGUUCCCGAAGACGAGGACGUGAAUCCCGGGUUGCAGACCUCAGACGACUUUUUUCGGCGAAGGCCGCGCAUGCGAAAGAAGGCGACCCUACCCCACGACAGGAGAUGGUCGAGUGGACGAUUCGCAGCCAUCGCCGAAGAAGAGAAGGUGUCGAGCGUGGGUGAGAUGGGCGACAGCCGACGUCCCAAUGCUGACGUUCUGUCGGACCGACAAUCCUCGCUGGACCAGGGGAUCGAGCGACGCGUCAACUGGCUGAGCGACCUUGACAUGCUGCCCAUCGAGAUUCCCGGCGCUCGCAUCAUGUGUUACACGUACAAGGGCGUCGAGAAAGUGGCCUCGCCUUGGCAGUACCUGACAGAGCUGGCCGACGUUCUGGCCACACGCCUCAUCGAGAAGAGGACGUCAGACAUCGUCGACUACAGCGGGGUUCCCAUUAUCUUGAUUGGCCUUGGCUUCGGCGCUCUCAUUCUCCAGAGGGCCAUGAACUUGCUUGCUCUUCGGCCCGGGUCUGACUGGAAUCCGACCACGAAUCUCUACAUGGUUGCAGGCGUGAUUUUGCUGGAUGCCCCGGCUGCUGGCCCCGACAGAGAGCAGUUUCCGCGGAGUCUCGCCCAGGAAACGAAAAAGACGUGGACGCAGGACUGGCUAGGAAAGCCGCGAGUCUCGGGCGCUCCGUCGACAAAGAUCGAUACAUUAUCCAUGUGGAUCAGGUUCUCCCUCCUUGCGUCGGUGCAUGAUAUCCCCAUUGCGUGGCACUACAGUCCCAUGGUGCCAACACCUGGCAAGGUAUGUGUUUGCAUGAUGACAGGACAAAAGCAUACCACCGGAACGCUAACCCCUAGCAUCUUAGCCUGCGAUAACCCCCAAAAACCUCGAAGUCCAACUCAUUCCGAAACAAUCAGUAACGGCGCACCGUCUUAG